AUGGGCGGAAACGCAAGUAAAGUCACAGCCCAGGACAAGGCCAUCCUGGACAUGAAGAACCAGCGCGAUAGACUUCACCAAUACCAACGGCGCAUAACAGUCCUCACGGAUAAAGAGACCGAUAUCGCAAAGCAGAUGCUGGCCAAGGGCGACAAGAAGCGCGCUCUGCUAGCCCUACGGCGCAAGAAGUAUCAAGAGUCGCUACUAGCCAAGACAGAUGCGCAAUUAGCUCAGCUGGAGAAAUUGACGAACGAUGUCGAGUUUGCGCUUAUACAGAAGGAUGUGGUGUUUGGGUUGCAGCAGGGUACAAAAGUUCUGAAGGAGAUUCAUGCUGAGAUGGGUGGUAUUGAGAAUGUGGAGAAGUUAAUGGGCGAGACGGCCGAGGCUAUUGCGUAUCAACAAGAAGUCAGCGAUAUGCUUGGAGGUCGUAUCUCGAACCAGGACGAGCAAGAGGUGGAAGACGAACUGGAAGCCCUCGAAGCCGAACUUACAGGACCAGCCAAGUUACCCUCCGUCCCCGUGGCGAAUCUACCAGAAGUACAGAAGAAUCAAGAAGUUGAGGCACAAGCCGAGAGAGCGAAGCAACCAGCCAUGCUGGCAGCAUAG